UUUCCAACCCUCUCCUCUUGCUUUUCUACGCAGGCGGACGUCCACAGCACAACGACAGCGCGCACCUCUGAGAGCGGGGCUCGGCAGGCGAACGGCGGGUACAGGGGAGCAGCGGCGCCGUGUGUGUCUCUGCUGCCUUUGUUGGAAACUGGCGGACUCGAUGGUGGAUUUGUUUCUUCACUGGAUUUGGAUCGGGGCUUAGGAUAACUUCGCAUGGGACAAAACGCGCCUUCUUUCAUGUCUGCCAGCGAUUUGUUUCGCCCGGCGUGUUGACGAAGGUGGAGAGGGGGGAACAAACCGAGGCUGCCGGAGGAGUGCAGAUGACAGAUAGGAGGCAUGAAUAUACACGCGUUUCUGUCCACCAGUUGUACGGGAUAGAGGAGAACAGAACAGAUUGUAUCCUAUUUUUCUUAAACGCGAUCGUAGGAGCUUGUGAUGCUGCAACCUGGGUCGGUUUAAACGGAGACAAGGAAAAGAUGCGCCGCUGUUCGCUUGAGGUUUUGCACACUAGGGCAAUGCGUUAUUGACGAUCUGCACAGGCUGGAAAAAUGCAUUGAGCCACAACUUUGUUUAAAGGGCCUAACAGACUGCAAAAUAUUUUAUAAACGCUUGCAGAAGUGCAUUUAUCCGUGAUUCUAGUGGAUGCUUUACUAAUCACAUAAACAAAAAAGAAAAACAAGCUUAGUGCCACCAACCCCUGUGCUGUUCUGUGAUUUGCAGUUUAAACACAAACCCUGUCUGUACAUGUCAGUGAUUACGAUUAGAAGAUGUGGAUUUGGCAAAGGGUUUGUAAAUUUUAGAUAUAGGCAGGCCUAACCAUCGCUUAUGCAAAUCCAAUCAAUAGCGAGAUAAAGACAGCUGCGGCUGCGUGUGUGUUUCUCUGUAAAAGUCACAGGGGUGUGUUUGAAGUCCAGCAUAUUUAGUUUUUCCACAAGCCUCAAGGUAGCAGAGACGCUGCUUGGUAGUGAGUGGAGCCUGUCAAAACACGAGUUGUCUCGACUGUAAAGCCGCGUCUCAAGAAAAGUUUCAAUGGUUUUUCGAAAGUUGCCCGGUGUCUCGGCAUCGGGCAUGGGUCUACGCCUGUCUCAGAAAUUCGUCUUUCUGCUUUUUCUCUCGGGGUUGGUAACGCUAUGUUUUGGAGCCCUUUUCUUUUUACCAGACUCUGUCCGGCUAAAACGCAUCUUUCUGUCCAAGACAGAGAUCCAGCCGGUAACUGUUGGCUCCGGGUCAGAGAACGAUGUCAGGGAGCACCUUAAAAGACCCAGUGACCAGGAUCAGCAGCGGGGCAUGACCCCUGCCAAAGGAGAGACGGGGAGCAAGCCGAAAAGCUUGAACCGCAAACCUUCCGUGUCUCACGAAGCGAUAGAGGAGCGUCUCGCCGGAGGUAAGGCGCAGGAGGACUUGACUCUGUCCGGGUUCAAAACGGAGUCCGCGUCGGAGAAAGCUACAUCCACUGAUCACGGUGCCAGCUCGGAUACCUUCAGUUUCAAGAAGUUCCAAAGGUGCUUGCUCAAACCUGCGCUGGGGAGAGACAACGGAAAACCGGCCGACCCUAGGACCAACGAGCGCCGGGAGAAAGUCAAAGAGAUGAUGAAGUUUGCCUGGGACAACUACAAACAGUACGCCUGGGGCAAGAAUGAGCUCCGACCUUUGACGAAAAAUGGGCAUAUUGGCAACAUGUUUGGCGGUCUGAGAGGAGCAUCCAUCAUCGACUCACUGGACACGCUGUAUAUUAUGGGACUGAUGGAAGAAUAUAAUGAUGCCAAGGAGUGGGUGCAGACUAGCCUGGACCUAAACUCAAACGGUGAAGCAUCACUCUUUGAGGUAAACAUCCGUUAUGUCGGCGGGCUGCUCGCAGCGUACUACCUGACAGGCGAUGAGCUGUUCAAGUAUAAAGCCAUGGAGCUUGGAGAAAAGCUACUGCCUGCCUUCAAUACGCCAACAGGAAUCCCCCGAGGAGUCAUCAACCUGGGGAGCAGUGGCACCAGUUGGAGCUGGGGCUGGGCCUCAGCCGGGAGCAGCAUCCUGGCUGAGUUUGGGACCCUUCACCUCGAAUUUGUCCAUUUGACCGAGCUGUCUAAUAAUCCCAUCUACAAAGAGAAGGUGAUGAACAUCAGAAAGCUGCUAAAUAAAAUUGAAAAACCCCACGGCCUGUACCCCAACUUCCUCAGCCCAGUCAGUGGCAACUGGGUCCAGCAUCACGUUUCCAUCGGCGGCCUUGGGGAUAGUUUCUAUGAGUAUCUAAUCAAAUCGUAUUUGAUGUCAGACAAGACAGACGAGGACGCAAAGAACAUGUACUACAGCGCACUAGAGGCGAUCGAAGCUAACCUGGUGCAGAAGUCACCUGGUGGCCUCACCUACCUGGCCGAGUGGAGGGGAGGAAUCCUGGACCACAAAAUGGGCCACCUGGCCUGCUUCUCUGGGGGAAUGAUUGGGAUUGGGGCAGAUGAUGGAGCACCAGAGAAGAGGCAACACUACCUUGACCUUGCUGCUGAAAUCACGCACACAUGCCAUGAGAGCUACACUCGCUCAAACACUAAACUGGGACCUGAAGCGUUCAGAUUCGACAGCGGAGCUGAAGCUACAGCAACUAGACUCAGUGACAGAUAUUACAUCCUGCGACCAGAAGUCAUCGAGAGCUACAUGUACAUGUGGAGACUAACCCAUGACCCAAAGUACAGAGAGUGGGGCUGGGAGGCUGUUGAGGCACUGGAACAGCACUGCAGAGUGGAGUCUGGCUUCUCUGGGAUCCGUGAUGUUUACACCAUGACAGUCAGCUAUGAUAACAUGCAGCAGAGCUUCUUCCUCUCAGAGACACUAAAGUAUCUGUAUCUGCUCUUCUCUGAUGAUGACCUUCUCUCUCUGGAGGACUGGGUGUUUAAUACAGAAGCCCAUCCGCUGCCCAUCAUCCGCAAGAGCUGCCUGCAGGAUGAAGCGACACAGGAUAACACAGCCUCUGCGUAAUGCUCAAAAACUGAGACAGUGCAGAUGAGUCUGCACAGUUAAUGUGCACAGAUUCACACAAAAAAAAUUGCUAACACCAAUUCAGUGCAGGUUCAGUCUUUUCAGGAGUGUGUUACUGACUUUCAAUUCCUUUCCAGUAAGGGAUGUUGUCGUUUUACGCUGUGAUUGUAUAUUCUUACGCCGGGGUUACUUAUUGCUGGCACUUCUAUUUUGUGGACAAUCAAAGCAAACAUGACUUUCAUGAAAAGAUACCUUUUUUCUUUCCUUCUUUCCUCUGUGAGGAAAACAAUAUAACUUACAGACCCAAAUGUAUGGGAGGAGGUUUGAGCUAUUGGGCCAUACUGUCAGAAAGAGAGAAACGUAUAGAAUACCACUUUAGUUUUUGUUUUUUUUUUAUUUUGAGUGGCAAAUUAUUCCCUUUGAUCUUGUUAUUGCAGUUUUUCCUUUGUGAGUACACUGUUUGACCAAAGGUUUUCUUUGCAUUUCCCUCUUUUGAAGUUAAGUGUUUUUGUUGAAUUUGAUGGGAGAUUAAAAUUUCCAAAAUGAAUUAAAUAGAUUAAUGUACAAACAUGAAAUGUGACUCUCAAAUUCACCUCUUAACUCAUUUUGAUGUCAUGUUUCUUACUGAAACAAGUUUGAAUGAAUUUUUUAAAGGUUGGAGAUGUCAGGCAAGCAGUUAUGUCUUAUGCAUCCAGGGACCUUUUUUUCUUCAACAGUGCUUUCUCAGUCUUCUAAGCCUUUCACAUCAAAACAGAGAACUCUGUCCUUUCACUGUAAUACUGUGCAAGCAUAAAGGAAAGGACACAUCUGCUAGCCAGCUUAAAAUGGUUUUUUUCUCUUUCGGUUGUUUUUCUGCUUCGCCCUGCCUUCACAUGUGCACCUCUACGCCUGCAGAGAUGAUCAUUUAUUUUCUCUUCUAUCGCUGCUCUUCUGCACAGUUAUGGAGCGAAUGUGCUGUACAUACAGAUGCAGUGAGUGACACCAGUGUGAAUUUAUAACUUUAGACUUUUCUUUCUUUACUCUUCUUUUCUAAAACUUCAGUGGUUAUUUUUUCUGGGUUCUCUUUUGAUUUUGCUUCCCUCAGGUGUUUAAGUGAAAAAAAAAUCUAAAAAGUUCUGAUUUUAUGUCUAGUUCUUGCUGAUAUUAAUUGUUAUUACUUAUUCUUACUGUUUGAUUUAACUUUAAUUGUUGAAUAUUUUCAAAUAAUGAUAAAGACCUGUGCAACUUUGUACAUUUAAAACAA